CAGCAUGCUGAGAAUUCAGAGCAGGCGAGAGGUUAAACAGAUGAACUCGGCUAGAAGUGGCAACGUAGCGAGUGACGAACAUGACUGCGAUCUGGGGGCGGUCAAGUCGCUGAAAGGUACGAGAGAUCCCUCUCGUCCAAAAUGGGAAAGUCGUCCAUCGGCAGGCCCUCAAUCUCGCUUGACUGGCGGCCUCUUCACUCACACUCAUUCAUUCGGCUAAUCACCUCGUAAAUGGCACUGUCACGAAGUACUCAAAUAUGGCUUUGAGACCACUGAUUGUAAUCUGUGGCACCACAGGAGUGGGGAAAUCGAAACUUGCGAUUGAACUCGCUCUUGCAAUAGCGCAAGGCUCGGAGAACCGAAGACAUGACUACCGCGGCGCUAGGAUCAUCAAUGCUGAUGCGAUGCAAGUGUAUCAUGGGAUGGAUAUCAUCACGAACAAGGUGCCUGUUCAGGAGAUGUGCGGCAUUGAACACCUCCUCAUGGGAUUCAAGCAACCCGGCGAGCAAUACUUCGUCACAGAAUGGGUACGGGACGCAAUGAAAGCCAUUGAGGAAACGCACAAGCGAAAUGAAGUGCCCAUUGUUGUUGGUGGGACGUCAUAUUGGGUUCAACAUCUACUAUUCCCAAACCGCCUUGUAUCCGCCGAUCAAAAUUCUGCUCUUUCUUCAGGAGAUUCAUCUGUCGGUUCAGAGGAGCUGAAACCAUUGUUCGCGUCCCUACCUGCUGAAUUGCUGGAUUUAUUCAAUGCUCUACCCGCGCGAGGACCUUCCGCAGGCGCUCAGCCUGGAUUGGCGAUGUCUCUCUAUAAUCUAUUAUCCGCUCUUGAUCCUAAAACAGCCAAGCUCCGGCAUUGGAAAGACACAAGAAAAGUUCUUCGCAGUUUGUGCAUUAUUAGGGAUACCGGACGACGACCAAGCAGUAUCUACGCUGAGCAGUCCGAGAAUAUCGCCAUUCCCAGAUAUCGUACUCUUCUGUUCUGGUUGUAUGCAAAGCCAGACAUCCUCAAACCUCGACUUGAUGCCCGUGUAGAUCGGAUGGUUGAGCAAGGCUUACUGAAUGAAAUACGCGCGUUAAGGUCAAUCGCGUCGGCAGGAAGCUCUGUAAUUUCAUUUCAAAGUCAGGGUGAAGAGGAGACUGGCUCGAGAGAGCCAGACAUCGACUACACUCUGGGAAUCUAUCAAUCGAUCGGAUACAAGGAGUUUCACGAAUUUCUCUCUAACCCGACAUCAUCGGACGACGCAUUCCAAGCCGCUCUUGAGAGCAUGAAGUCGGCCACUCGUAAAUAUGCGAAGCGACAGAUUAUGUGGAUACGCAACCAGCUCCUUCCAGCAGUGAAUGCAGCCAACAAUACAAGCAGGACAAACAUUGGGUCAGAUAUAGCUCCAGCGUAUGUGCUGGACGCAACCGAGCUCGGAGAGUCGUGGGAGACCAACGUCCGCGCGACUGCAUGUAAGAUCACCGAAGACUUUCUUGACGAGAAAGAUCUUCCUGAACCUAUCAGCCUCUCUAAAACCGCUUGCGAACUCCUCAGCAAGCCUGCCGAACUUCAAGCUCGGCCAUUACGCAUCUGCGAAACGUGCACGAUCCAUAAGGAUAGUCCAGUCAUGAUCAAGGAAGGGAAUGCCUGGAAAGCCCAUCAGAGGACCCGUGUGCAUCGGAAGCGAUUCAAGAAAGCGCACAUGGCUUCUGCGAGCAGUCAAUGUAGAGCGGAUGACCGUGAUAGUGAGAUCGAGCACUCGGCAUCUAGCUCCAAUGACGAACACGCGUUCUCCUGAACAAUAUGUUAGCUACCCUGUAAUCAAAAUACAAUGUCUGCUCGUCGGCGGGCUAUGAAGCGCACGAAGAGCAUCAG